GAGGAGGCAGAGCCCUUUAAAAUGGCAAGCAGCGCUAUCCCUAUGACAUGUUUCCCUCUGCGCUCUACGCGUGGUAUAGCCUCCAGACUGCGUGGGCUAGUGUGGGUGCAGUAGACGAGUUUCGUAUAAAAACCCUGAUUCCCGGAGUCUCAUAUUACGCGCGUCCGCCUCCCUCUGUAGUUGUUUGUUACUACGACUCCUUCCACCUACUUCGUGUUUUUCUUCAGUAGUAUUUCUUAGGAAAGCUACCGUCACUAAAGAAAUCUGUUCUAUGGUUUUGGCUGAAGAAGAUCCCACGAUGUCUCGGACUGACGAGGUGCACCGUAUAACGGAGAAUGUCUAUAAGUCCAUCAUGGAGCAGUUCAACCCAUGCUUGCGGAACUUUGUGGCCAUGGGGAAGAGCUACGAGAAGGCCCUAUCCAGUGUCACAUUUGCUGCAAAGGGCUACUUCGAGGCACUGGUGAGGAUGGGAGAGAUGGCCAGCGAAAGUCAAGGCUCUAAGGAUCUUGAAGAGGCAGCAUGGGACGUACUCUUUCAGAUGGCUGAGGUCCACAGACAGAUCCAGAUGCAGCUUGAAGAUAUGCUGAAGUCGUUCCACAAUGAGCUUCUGACAGAGCUGGAGAAGAAGGUGGAGCUGGAUGCACGUUACCUGAAUGCGGCUCUGAAGAAGUACCAGAUGGAGCACAAGAGUAAAGGAGAGAGUCUGGAGAAGUGUCAGGAUGAACUGAAGAAGCUACGCAGGAAGAGCCAGGGCAGCAAGAACACCUCUAAGUACGGAGACAAGGAGAUGCAGUAUGUUGAGACCAUCAGCAGCAAGCAGAGUGACCUGGACCAGUACACAGCAGAGGGCUACAAGAAUGCACUGUCAGAGGAGAGGAGGAGGUACUGUUUCCUGGUGGAUAGACAGUGUGCCGUGGCCAAGAACAACAGCUCCUACCACAGCAAAGGUAAGGACCUUCUAGCCCAAAAGAUCCCAGCAUGGCAGCAGGCGUGUGCUGACCCUACCAAGCUGCCUGACCGUGCCAUGCUCCUGGCUCAGCAGAUGACCUCUGCAGGGGGUACCCUGGGGUCCGGCUCCCACACUCACCAUGGCUCCAAGGGCAACCUGCUCAUCUCUGACCCUAUCCCCGGGGCCAAGCCUCUGCCUGUACCCCCCGAGCUGGCUGCACUAAUGGCCCAACAGCGUCUAAUGGGACCAGGAGGAGUGGACGGAGGGAUGCCCAUAAUGAACGGAACGGCAGGGGCGCACGGAGGAGCAGGAGGGGGAGGAGGGGAGGACUACCAACACUGGAUGGAGGGGAAGAUGGCCCAAGCCCAGGCUCAGGCCCUACAGGCUCAGGCCCUACAGUCCCAGGUGGCUAAAGCCUCCUCCCAGCACCACUCCCAGCCCCACAGACAGGGCAGCGAAGUCUACUCCAACACCCUACCCGUACGCAAGAACGCCCCCGCCAAGAGCAACACCACCAUGGGUCCAGAGACCCGAACCCUUCCCCGGUCUAGCUCUAUGGCAGCAGGGCUGGAGAGGAACGGUCGUACCCGUGUCCAGGCCAUUUUCUCCCACGCGGCUGGGGACAACAGCACCCUGCUCAGCUUCUCUGAAGGAGACAUCAUCACCCUGCUGGUGCCUGAGGCCCGCGAUGGAUGGCACUAUGGAGAGAACGAGAAGAACAAGAUGCGGGGCUGGUUCCCUUUCUCUUACACACGUGUCAUCCCCGAGACUGAAAGCGACAAACUACGAGUCAACAAUCUCCACCAUGGUAAGAGCAGCAGCACAGGCAACCUGUUGGAGAGAGAGGACAUGGCAAGUGCCCCUCCCCCUGACUACGGUAUGUCAUCUCGCCUGCUGGCACAGAGCGCUGUGAUGGCACACAGCAGACAACAACGCCCAUACAGCAUGGCAGGGCCAGGCUUCUCACAGCAAGGACUUGAAGAGUAUGAGCAACAUUUUUCAACAAGUUCCGAAGGUGGAACAGUUCCAAAAUUGAUUUCAACAGUGUGAGAAGGGACAGACAGACACACAGACAGACACAGACUCAGCUUGCUGCUGCUGCAAUAGGACUGACUGCCUGCCAGGCACCUCUGCAAUCCCUCAUUAAUAGCCCUCCUCGCCAAUCACUCUCACCCCUUCUCUCCCACCCUCUCUCUAACCCCCACCCCUCCUCUCUCACCCCCUCUCUAACCCCCACCCCUCCUCUCCUGCCCUUUCUCUAACCCUCAGCCUUCUUCUCUCGCCCUCUCUCUAAUCCACCACAACACUCCCCUCUCCACCUGAGUUUACCAGGCCAUUUCCCUACUCCCCCAUCCCCCGUCCCGUCCCUCCGUCCUCUCCCUCCCAUCCCACCAAGGGACAGACUUGUCUCUCCCCCUAUACUCUUCCUCCUCACUCUCCUCACACCCUGCACUUCCAUGCUACGCUGCAGUUCCCAGGCCAAGCACUGGUGGAACCAGAACCACAAAGCAGGACCAACUAACCCCACGCUAAAGGACUGACACCAUCCUGAGCCAUCCUUAUUAAAAUCAUUGGAAUGAUGGGCUUUGUCUGAGGAGGAAAAUUAGUCAAAUCUUUAGCUUGUCUUUCAUGCAUGUACAUCUUUUCUAUUUAAUCGGGAUUUCUUCCUCUGCAAACAUACAAUAAAAUUAAACAAAUGUUUUUAAAUAAAAUCUUCAGUGUUCUCCAGCAGAAUCAAGGUUGAAAGAUGAAGGAUUUAUAUUACCAGUGUAAAUCAAAAUGGUAAUCCAAAGGGGAUUGUUUUAUUAAUGUAAAGAUGAUCUUGUAUGAUGAUCAAAAAGUUAAAGUUCAUCUACAGUAUACUGUGUCUUCUUAUGCUUCAGACAGUGACUUUACUUUACAGACUGUGAGGUCCUUCGGGUAACUUCUAAUAUCCCUCUUUAAAUGAGAGGUUAUGUAUCACAUGUAGUGAAAUAACUAAAAUGUAAAUGUUCAUUUUUCAUUUGAACUUAUGAGGGCAGGUGACCAAUGAAAUAGAUGGCAAUGAAUAUGUACUGUACAUAAAUGUACCAUAAAAUGGAUGAUUAUUAUGCCUAUUGAUUACAUCAGUUGAUCAAAACGCACCUUAAAAACCAAAUGACUUGUAUUAUCAUGUUAUUAUUACUAUUAUUAGCCACAAGGUAAUAUGUUUUAUGAUGUCUGAGGUCUAGCAGGCAGUGUGAAAGACACCUUGCUCUGAUAUCCAUGUACUACGGGGUCUCUGAGUAUUGUUGUUUCGUCUGAAUAUCAACAUACUGUACUAUAUCAAGGCUGAAUGGGUAAAAAAAAAAGAAUAAUCAUCCCUGAAAGAAAGAGAUGCAAGGCUCUGAGUAGGGUUACCGUUCAGGAGUUCAUCCCUGAAAGAAAGAGAUGCAAGGCUCUGAGUAGGGUUACCGUUCAGGCGUUCAUCCCUGAAAGAAAGAGAUGCAAGGCUCUGAGUAGGGUUACCGUUCAGGCGUUCAUCCCUGAAAGAAAGAGAUGCAAGGCUCUGAGUAGGGUUACCGUUCAGGCGUUCAUCCCUGAAAGAAAGAGAUGCAAGGCUCUGAGUAGGGUUACCGUUCAGGCGUUCAUCCCUGAAAGAAAAGACAACAGAUACUUGUUCUACACCUCUGCCAUCCCAUGACAAAGGUGCUACAUUUCAUGGCGCCCGAUUCAGACCUUUGCUAAGUAGGACUUAAUUCAAGAAAACAUGGAGUUAAUUCAACAUUGUUUGACUUAAGUCCAUGUUAAGUCAACUUAUCUCAAGUCUGAAUAGGGCCCGUGGUGCGUAAACCAUGUUGCCAAAGCAACACCCUCUCUUCUCAUUCUCUCUCAUCCCCUUCAAUCAGUGCUGCCUGGCUGCCAACUGUUUACAAAUAGCUUUAAUAAUUUACUAGACAGAGUCUCUUGCUGUGCAUACAAUAGGAUAAUGAUUUGGGAGCAACAUCAAUAAAUGUUUUCUAUCUAUAAACCAUUCAAUCUAAUCGUGUCCCCUGUGCAAUUACCAUAUGUCACAGAACAAAUAGGUAAUUCUAGUCUGCCCAGUUAUAUACUGUACAGAGACCUUGGAGACAAUGAAUGGGUCAGAUGCCCUUAAAAGAGUCAUCAUUUGCCAACAGCACAACUGCAAAUUAUGGCAAUAACUGAAUUGGAUCGAUAGCCAUUUAUCUUCGUAAUAAAUAAGCUUGCAUGUACUGUGUCCCUUGCUAUUUUGACACAUAUUUGCACUACACAUGAAAUGAGAAACCUUUAAAAGGGAGAAGGGUUGAUUCGUUAUUGUAACUUUGUUCAGCCUUCUUGUACUUUAGUCUUUGUAAUAAAAGACUUGAAUAAAAAAAGGAAACGAAAAAGCAUGACUCUGUAUCUGAGGCAGGAUAAAAUAUGUAUGUCUGUUAUUUCUAUGUGCUGAAUAAAGAACAACGCUAGUCUGUCUGUUUGUCUGUAUGGCUGUCAGUACCUGUCGAUGUCAACCCCUGUCCUGUCCAAAUCAGAAAUGAUUACCGCUAAGUAUUAGGCUAUUUGCUAUCACAACACUAUCUUUGAAUUCUCCUUGAAAUCCUAUUAGAUUGACUCAAUUGUUAUAAUUUGCUAAAGGGAGAAAAAGUGACAUUUACUGCCAAACUGUACUACCCAAAACUCCUUCCCUGCCACAAACAAAAUGUCUCCUUGUUGUGUCUCUCUUGCUCCCUGUCCUUCUCACUGUUUGUGUGUAAUUCCUGUCUUCCCCUAGCUUUGCCAACCCCCUUCUCUAUCUAUCUGUGUUUUGAUAAAUGUAGAGACAAAAGCGCUCUCAAACGAGUUACUACGACCGGAAGCUGCCAAUGUUUCUUCUUUCUCCACUAGAAUAAGGCUAAGGUAUGAGUGAUCAGACUGCAACAUCUGAAUAGAUGGCACACCCACUCUCAGUGUAAAAAAUAAUAAUACAAUAUAGUAUUCUUCUAUUAUUUGUGAUUACGUUUUUUGGAACAAUGCAUUUUUUUGUUGUGAAGAUUAAUUGGAAUAAUGUACAGAGAAUGAUUGAUAUUGAUUUGCAUGCUUAGGGGGACACCAAGAUAGUGUAAUGUUGAUAAAUGACCUCAAAUGUAUGGUGACUUUCUACUAUAAAAAUAAGCUUAAUAAAUAUUAUUUCAGUUGAGCACUC